AUGCUGGCUCGGCUCGCCGCAAGCCGUUUCCUUGAGAUCCGUCAAGUUUUCCGUCAGGUUAAGAAGAUAUUGUCACACUAUCCAUCCAACUACAAGCAAUCUGCUGUUAUUCCUCUGCUAGAUCUUGCACAGCAGCAGCAUGGGGGAUGGCUUCCUGUCUCAGCAAUGAAUGCAAGUUGCAACAUUCUAUUCAAUAAGAUUAUAGAAGUUGCUCCUAUCCGUGUAUAUGAAGUUGCAACAUUCUAUUCAAUGUUUAAUCGGUCAAAGGUGGGAAAGUACCACCUUUUGGUCUGUGGCACAACACCAUGCAUGAUUCGUGGUGCACGAGAAAUUGAGGAUGCUUUACUGAAACAUUUAGGAGUGAAGCGUAAUGAAGUAACAAAGGAUGGAUUGUUCUCUGUUGGAGAAACGGAAUGCAUGGGAUGCUGUGUAAAUGCUCCCAUGAUCACAGUGGCAGACUACUCCAAUGGAUCUGAAGGAUAUACCUAUAAUUACUAUGAAGAUAUUACACCAAAGCGAGUUGUAGAGAUAGUUGAGUUGUUAAGAAAGGGGGAGAAGCUACCGCCUGGCACCCAAAAUCCAGGUCGAAUUAAGAGUGGACCAGAAGGAGGAAACACUACUUUACUAAGUGAGCCCAAACCCCCUCCAUGCCGUGAUCUUGAUGCAUGCUAAAAAUUUGUGGUGUUUGUUGUCUUUAAUAAUGUUAAGCUUGGAUGUUCUCAGGCUUCCCUCUGUUGUCAGCAAUGUUAAUUAUGUUUAAUGGUCAACCAUUUUUGUUAUAUCUCUGGCAGUAUUGUUUCUGCUAGAUGUUCCAUACAAUUCUAUCUUGUUUCAAAUUAUGCUCUGGCUAGAACCAUACUGAUUUUAAGUAUGUUUUUAUGGACAUUAUAAGAUUGCUGAGCAUUCUCAAAUUUGGGUUGCUCAAAUUCUAAGCGUCA